AUGCUCAGCGAAAAGAAGAAGUCAGGAAUGAUCUCAAGAGGCACAGAAACAUCAAUGUACCACAACCUGGAGCUCAGGGAAGACGACCUCAACCACAACGACAAGUUCAAAGAGAAGCGUCUCCGGGAGAAGAAACUGAUGAAUAAACUUGUUUUGGAUCUCAAUAUCAACAUGUUUGUGAAUGUAAUUGUACAAAUUAACUAUAAAUUUGACUAA